GCUAGGCAUUUCAAUUGACUGGCAAAGUAGCUUGUUUGGGAAAAAAAACAAGAACUUCCAUCUGAAAGCUUCCUGUUCUAUUUUAAGCCUGUGCGUGGCUCAACAUUCCACUCUCUGUGAGACUCUCAAACGGACGAGAUUUCUCAUCAUGCUAAUUAGCCUGGCUCCAUGUCAGACAAAACUGUCAUCCUUUGGGUAGGUCUAAGUUGCAGAGAGAAGAGGGGGGGGGGGCUGGGACUUCCAAGAUACCCACGCCCUUGGACCACCUAGUCCGUACGGAAGAGGCGGGGCACAGUCCCCGCUAGACCUGCCUCCGCCAGACCCUCCUUCAUAGACCACGCCCCGGAGAGCUCCGCCCCCGGGUCCGCCCCGCGGCGCAUUGUGGGAUCCGCCCGCCUCACCAGAGCGGACGCGGCUCUAGGUCAUGGGGAUCCAGCCGAGCCCGGUCUUGCUAGCCUCUCUGGGGGUGGGUCUGCUUACUCUACUCGGCUUGGCUCUGGGUACGUACUGGGUUCGAAGAUCCCGCCGGCCGAAGGUUACUCUCCAGGACCCAGAUGAGAAGUACCUGCUGCGAUUGCUAGACAAGACGACAGUGAGCCACAACACCAGGAGGUUCCGCUUUGCCUUGCCCACCGCCCACCACAUUCUGGGGCUGCCUGUGGGGAAGCACGUCUACCUCUCUGCCCGAAUUGAUGGCAGUCUGGUCAUCAGGCCUUACACCCCUGUCACCAGUGAUGAAGACCAAGGCUAUGUAGAUCUUGUCAUCAAGGUUUAUCUGAAAGGUGUGCACCCCAAAUUUCCUGAAGGAGGAAAGAUGUCUCUGUACCUGGAUAGCCUGAAGAUUGGGGAUGUGGUGGAGUUCCGGGGGCCGAGCGGGUUGCUCAGUUAUGCUGGGAAAGGGAAUUUUAACAUUCAGCCCAACAAAAAGUCUCCACCUGAACUGCGAGUGGUGAAGAAAUUGGGAAUGAUUGCUGGUGGGACAGGAAUCACCCCAAUGCUGCAGCUGAUCCGGGCCAUCUUGAAAGUCCCUGAAGAUCCAACACAGUGCUUUCUGCUUUUUGCCAACCAGACUGAAAAGGAUAUAAUCCUACGGGAGGACCUAGAGGAACUGCAGGCCCGAUAUCCUAACCGAUUUAAGCUCUGGUUCACUCUGGACUAUCCUCCAGAAGACUGGACCUACAGCAAGGGCUUCGUUACUGCUGACAUGAUCCAGGAGCACCUGCCUGCCCCAGCAGAGGAUGUGCUGCUGCUGCUCUGUGGGCCACCACCCAUGGUGCAGCUGGCCUGCCACCCUAACUUGGAUAAGCUGGGCUAUUCACAAAAGAUGCGAUUCACCUACUGAGCUUCGCAAAGCCUCCCUGACCCCAUGUGUGCACUUGUCCCUAGUCGAUUCUUGAACACCAAGAGGCCCUGGGGCCUUGGCUGAGAGCAUCAGCCUUUUGUGUCUCAUCCCGGAAUCUGGGUGCUUGCAGAAACAACACUCCCUCAGCUAUGGUGGCUGCUGGUGAAGGCUGAGUCACUCCCUUGAAGCUUCCUUUAUCCUAACCUCCUUGUGAUAAAAGGUCCAGGUGAGGCUCACGGCGCAGUCUCUAGGGCCAGAAAGAAGGAUGUGUGCACACUUGUCAUAAGGCUGUCUAUUUUCUGAGAACAUCACGGUCACCUCUGUGUCUGAUGAAAGGAACAGACAGGGCAAUGCAUUUUGCUCCAUAUUAAGCACUUCAUCCACUACUUAGACGUGUACAGAUUGAGUGGGCUUAUAGACACUGUAGGAAGGGAAUUAUUUUCCGGAAUUCUAGACCUCAGAGAAAGGAGGCCGAUGUGUGUGUGUGUGUGUGUGUGUGUGUGUGUGUGUGUGUGUGUGUGUAUCUCAGGCCCUGCCCAGGAUGGAUGAAAUGGUUACUCAUAACUUAAGAUUGCUGCUUGUACAAAGAGUGUCUGACUGUUCAAAUAAAUGGAGCUGAGGCCCUAA